AUGGAUAUGCAACACGUUUAUCCUCAAGUGUGGCCUGAAGACUCGAAGAAGGACUCCGAUGGAAUUCAUUACGAUGAAAUUCUUAUGGAAAUCGAGAGGUGUUAUAAGAACAAUAGUUCUACAACAGCGAUAGAUGUAGUGAACCGCCUUAAAACGCGUGGAAUAAUGGUCAGCACCACGCAUAUCAAGAGACUCCGACAAAAACUGGGGUUCAAGAAAACGACAACCAAGUAUUGUCAUACAAUAAGGGAUGCUAAUAAGCUGGCUCGUCUGGAUUUCUGCAGAGAAAUGCUCGAAGGUGGAGUAGGAUUCUCCGACUGUGUUUUUACUGACGAAUGCACAGUUCAAAUUGACUGCUCCACUAAGUUUUGCUACGUAAAACAAGGAGACCAAUACUCAAGAAUGCGCAAUCGAGCCAAGCAUCCGGCGAAAGUCCAUAUUUGGGGUGGUAUCUCAGCUCGAGGAACCACGCGAUUCGCUAUACUACCAGGAAACUGUCGAAUCGAUAGCAAUCUGAAGCAGGGGAUCCGUACUUUGGAUGGCCUUAAGGUGGCUAUUGCGCAGUACUGGAAAACGCUGACGCCAGAAGUCUGCUCGAAAUACAUUGGCGGUAUAAGGAAAAGGAUGGAGCGUAUUAUAGAGCAAGGAGGACGAAACAUAGUUGAAGAACUGUUGUUUGCAAUGACGCCCACUCCUACAUCGAACAAAGCGCAAGGCUCAAAUCCUUCGAGAAAAAUUGACAUGCAUUUCUAG